AAUUGAUAUAUAAAGAAAGUCAUUCUCUUAAAUUCAGUUGAUAAUAAAACUGAAUGUAUCAGUAGCUCUGUCUAUUGGUUUGUAAAUUUAUGUUAGUAAAUAUAGAAUAUUAAAUUAAUCUUAAACAUAAAUGUUUGUUAUCAGAAGUCAGAACCCACUAUUUGACUUUAAAAAUAAAAUUGUUAAUCAACUUACAUCCACUUAAUGUUACAGAGCUAUCUGUGGGCAUUGCAACUUUCUGUAGGAGUUGUGACAAUAUCUAUCAUCAUAUUAUGCUUAAAAAGGAAUUUAAGGAGGAAAAAAAAGGUGAAGUACAAUGUCAAUGCUGAAAAUUUCCUAAAAACUAAUAAAUUCUUCGCUCCAAAAAGGUACUCUUAUUCACAAGUCCAAAAGAUUACAAACUCCUUUGAAGUCAAACUAGGCCAAGGUGGCUUUGGAACUGUGUACAAAGGAUCAUUAAGCAAUGGAAACUUUGUUGCGGUGAAGGUUUUAAGUGAAUCAAAAGGUAAUGGUGAAGAUUUCAUUAACGAAGUUGCUAGUGUGGGCAGGACGUCCCAUGCUAAUAUUGUCAAUCUAGUGGGAUUUUGUUUAGAGGAUCGUCGAAGAGCUUUGAUCUAUGAAUUCAUGCCUAAUGGAUCCCUUGAGAAGUUCAUAUAUGGUCGGAGCUCUUCAAGUAUUAGUCAGCUGGGGUGGGAAAAGUUGCACCAGAUUGCUAUCGGGAUUGCUAGAGGUUUAGAAUACUUGCAUAGGGGUUGUGACACACGGAUCCUACAUUUUGACAUAAAGCCCCAUAACAUACUUUUGGAUCAAGAUUUUUGCCCUAAGAUAUCUGACUUCGGGUUGGCAAAGCUAUUCCUUGAGAAAAGAAGCAUGAUAUCCAUGUCUUGUGUGAGGGGAACACCUGGAUAUAUUGCUCCUGAAGUAGUUUCUAGGAAUUUCGGUCACGUGUCCCACAAAUCAGAUGUUUAUAGUUAUGGAAUGAUGAUCCUAGAAAUGGUUGGAGGGAGGAGAAAUGUUGAGACAGAAGUUGAUCAUACAAGUGAAAUAUACUUUCCUCAUUGGAUAUAUAAGAAAGUCGUGGUAGAAGAAGAAUAACUUGGACUGCAUGGGAUUGUGAGCGAAGAAGAAAAUGAGAUGGCAAGGAAGAUGAUUAUUGUGGGUUUGUGGUGCAUACAAACUAAUCCCUUAAACCGCCCGGCAAUCACCAAGGUGCUGGAAAUGCUAGAAGGGGGCUUAGAUUUAUUGGAAAUCCCUCCAAAACCUUAUAUGUAUUCUCCAUAAAGAUAAGUUGAUCUGUCAACUACAGAUUAGUUGCUUUCUUAUAGUUUACUACUGAUACUACAAUGCUUCUGUAAUCUAAGUACUGCUAUGUUAAUUAAUUCCUUAUGACUGUUGAGCGCAUGUGUGCAUAUACAAGCUAAUACUAAAAUUCUGCUAUGUUGGUUAGUUCCAUGUGAACUCCAACAUACAUGUCAAGUUAUAUGGUACUGGUGUUGUAAACAGAAGGGUUAUUUAAA